AUGUCGCAUGUGGCGCGCGUAGCUCUGACAGGGACCGCGGCCGCGGAUCCGGCCACCGUCAGGUAUGAGUGCCCUGGCUACGGGACGGCGACCUUCGACCUGAAGGCCGAGAAGGCCGCGGGCGACCGCGAGCCGGUGCAGGCGGCGGAGCGCUCGUUCGUCGAGCGCACCGCGUCGCGGAAGGAGGAGCCGACGGAGGAGCAGAAGGAUGCUCGGGCCGCGGCUCGCAGGGCCAAAAAGGCCCGGCAGAAGGCGAACAAGGUGGAGAAGAAGGCUGCGGCGGCGGCUGCGAGCGAGGCUGAGCGUGCGGACUACCCGCACGCGCAGCUACGCGAGAACGUCGAGUUCGUGAUGGAGGGCCUGGAGGCUGCGACGCAGGCGGCGCGCAACCCAGCGGGGUCCAACAUCCAGGAUGGGCAGGAUAGCACUAGCAUAUGCGCCUAG